CGGGGCUCCCGCCGCACGCGCGGGCGCAGCCGCGCUCGGGGCUGGGCGGGCGCCCCGGUGCCCCCUUUGUGCUUUUUACAGCAGAACAGCCCCGCGGGCAGGCCCCGCACCGGGCAGUGCCGGUGCCAGUGACCCUGCGGCCGGGAAGGGGCGCCGCGGGUCCGCUCCGGCCACACGCCUCGCUGCGGGGGCUCUCACAGACCCGCCCCCCCGCUGCGGCCGCAUCAAUCAUUAACGGCGGCUCGGGUGUCCAGCGCCUCCCACCCCGGGAAACCCUACCCGGGGCGGCGGGGGCGUCUCUUCCCGCUCCUCGGGAGCGCUGGAUGCGCCGCCGGUCUCCAGUUACCGCGAUGCCGGGCGGCAGGGCGGGAGGAGCCGCGGCGGUGCUGCCACUGCCCCUGCUGCAAUGAGUGAUGCUGCCGGGGGCGGCGGCGGGGGCGGAGAGGCGCAGAGCUACCGCGGAUCCUCCGCCGGCGGCUGCGGGCGCAGCGGCUCUGCCUCGCCCGGUCGGCGGCGGCCCGGGGCCGGCCGGGGCAGCGGCAGCAUGCCGGCGGGCGAUGGGGACAAGAAGGAGGCGGCGCCGCCGCCACCGCCGCCUCGCCCUGCCGCCCUGCUACGGUGGGAUGAGGUGCCCGAGGACUUCGUGGAGUGCUUCAUCCUCUCGGGCUACCGGCGGCUGCACUGCUCGGCACAGGAGUGCCUGGCCUCGGUGCUGCAGCCCACCAACGAGACCCUCAACUUCUGGACCCACUUCAUCCCACUGCUGCUCUUCCUCACCCGCUUCGGGCGGCUGCUUCUGCUGCGGGGCGCCGGGGACGUGCCCUUCCACCACCCGGCCCUGCUGCCCCUCUGGUGCUACGCCUCGGGGGUGCUGCUCACCUUCGCCAUGAGCUGCACGGCCCACCUCUUCAGCUGCCUCUCCCCGCGCCUCCGCGCCACCUUCUUCUACCUGGACUACGCCUCCAUCAGCUACUACGGCUUCGCCAGCACCGUGGCCUACUCCUACUACCUGCUGCCAGGGCUGAGUCUGCUGGACGCCGGCGCCAUGAGCCGCUACGUGCAGCAGCGGCUGGGCUGGCAGCUGGACUGCAGCCUGCCCAUCGCGGCCUACCGCGUGCUGGUGCUGCCCGUGGCGCUGGCGCUGGCCGUGGGCUGCACGGCCGCCUGCUGCCGCAGCCGCGCCGCGUGCUGCGCCUACCCCUUCGCCGUGCGCACCUUCGUGUUCGCCAUGCCGCUCAGCAUGGCCUGCCCCAUCAUGCUCGAGAGCCUCUUCUUCGACCUCCGCGCACGCAACCCCACGCUCUUCGUCUACUUCUACCGCCGCUACUUCUGGCUGCUCGUGGCCGCCUUCUUCAACGUCAGCAAAAUCCCCGAGCGGAUCCAGCCGGGGCUCUUCGACAUCGUGGGGCAUAGCCAUCAGCUUUUCCACAUCUUCACCUUCCUCAGCAUCUACGACCAGGUGCACUACGUGGAGGACGGGCUGGCCGAGUUUCUCAAGGCACCCCUGGCCGCCCCCACCUACCUAGGCACCGUGGGCUAUAUGCUGCUCCUGACCGUCUGCCUUGCCGUGGUCGUCAGGAGGUUCCUCAACGUUGCAGACAUCUGCAAGCAGGACUGAGCAGCCCGGCGACCCUCGGGACAGCGACCGCCAUGCCAGUGACCCUUGGCCUGGAGUUCCUUGGGCCGAUGACCUUCAGACUGGUGACCCUCAGUCCAGAGCCACCAUGUCCUGAAGAAGCUGUGACACCUGGGGAAACACACCUGUGGAAGAGCCAGGUCCCUUUCUUGGAGGUUUGCUGGAGAAAAUGGCCAUGGCAGAACUGCUCGUGCUCUUUAAGCUACUAGGUUACCAGGGGAAGCAAGCAAAUGCUUACUGGUAUGUUGCUGCUUAGAGUAUAAGCUGAAAUAAUCUAGCUCUGCUACUAGGAAGAAUGCAUGAAUGGUGAAUGCCACUUACUAAUUUCAUAACAAUUAGGUCUAAACUAGCUCUGUAUAUACAUAUAUAUUUGUAUAUCUAGCUAUAUAUUUAUUAGCUACAUAUAUGUCUAUAUAUAUGUAUACACCUGAAGACAUUUGUGCAAUGAUUUCUCAUAGACUUUUAAUCAACUCCUAUGUGAAAUUUCCUAGCAGAUUAUGCACUGACAUUUAUCUUCCUCUCUGAUAUUGUAACAGGCCUUUGCAGCCACAUACUGGAUUUUAAAUGCAAAGAAAUCAAUAGCUAUCCAUAGUUUCUAAGGUCUUGCAGCCUUUUCAGCCAGGGAACAAUAGAUUUAGGAGCGAGAGGAAAAACAGCUGUGAAUUAUUACAGAAUUACCAGUUAAUGGAGAGACCUUAAUUAGACAGACAGUAAGUGGUUGGUGUAGCCACUCGGAUACUAAAAUAAAAUAGAAGGAUAUGUAAAAUAACCGAACCAGAAAGGGGUCAAACUGGUUUGGAACGGGGGCAGAGGAAGAACAAGGACCGUGCAUAAUGGAAUGGCUCUUCCCUCAGCGUGUCAGGAACAUCUGUUGUGCUGAGGGAGUUGCUAAGGGGCCCCUUUAUCUUCCUGGGUAAAUCACCCCCAAACCAGUCCUCUAGAGUCAAAGUCAGAUGCCAGACUUUCUAUAAACCCCUGCCAAGCUCGGUGGGAGUUCUGUGGAUGUAAAGAGAGUAACUGAUGCAUGAGAUCUCAUUCUGGAUCUUUUAAAAAAACUACAUGGAACUAGUUUCUGCUGCUCUUUAAUUAGAGCACUGUCAUAUUUACCAUCCUAAAAUUAGUUGCAGAAUACGAUACUGCUGAAUCCGAGUUCAGCACCUAAAAUCUGGCACUACAGGUAAAGGAUACUGGCACUUCUUUGUCUUUCCCCACUUUUUCCUAUUCUGAUUAGUUGUGGCUACAGCUGGAUGUGUUGAAGUCUUCUUUCAGAAACUUUGGGGGAGUUCAAAAACAAGAAUUAGGAGGUGUUUUCCAAAGCAGUAUCUUUUCAGAGCAACCCAUGUGUUAUCCUUGUCACAGGACAAAGAGCUAAGUAUAGGCUGGAUUUACUCUAGAAACAUUUUUGUGAACCAUGUGCAGAUUUUAAGCAGAUGCAUUUUGCUUUCGUCUGACAGAACAAGUGCAAUAAUGUUACACAAGGGGCUUACCAAGCGAAGUUCAGGUGAGAAACUGCUUGUGUAACCCAUUGUCUAAAGAAGGGUGGUACUUCCUCAGCAAACCCUUGUGUCAGACUGCAUAAUAGUGUAAUAGCUGUUUUACUCAGCUCCUGUUGUAGAAGUGUAUUUCUGCUUGGGUCUUUCCCAUUUUCAUGGACAUGGCAUCUGAAUCCCAAGACAAUGUUUUGAGUCCAGUUCUCAUCUUCUGUAAGACAAAGUCUCCUUUGUUUAAAAUGGGAAUAUAGGAAGGACUGUAGCCAGAGAUUAUGAAGUCACAUCCUUAACAUGGGUCAGAGUCAUCACAGACCCAAUAACUGAUAUGCCCUCUAUCAAUGUAACAGCUUUAUGAAAAUUUCUCAAUUGAAGUGCAUAAGCUAGAAGAAAAUUACACUCAUUCAAUUUAGCUUUUAUCUCAACCCAUUUAAAGUAUAAUGGUUUGAAUAUUUUAGAUUCUUAGCGAACGAUGAAAAUGGCCUAACAAAUACUCUUUGCCAGCCACAAUUCUGCUGGUAUGUCAUUUCUGGAAGGGUCAGAUGUAUUUUAAGGAGAUUGACUAGAAUUAUCUGGAGUAGCAGUUCCCAAAGUGUGGCCUCUUGAGUUAUUGCUUUUGGGCCAUAAAAAACUGCAGAGCCUGUGUGAGUGGCUGUGUUCAGUUUUCAUUUACCAACCUGCAUGAAAAGAAAAUGGAAACUACAUGAAGUAUUUUAAAUUUUACCUAUUUUCACUAAGUUUUGUCAUAAAUGUAGCAUUGC